AUGCCUAUAACUCUUGAAGAUCUGUAUGCGCUUAUUAAACAAGAAAAUAAAAAUCUAUCAACCGAAAUUAAUAACUUAAAACUCGAAAUUAAAGAUGAGCUACAAGAACUAAAAUCUGAAAAUUUAAAAUUAAAAAACGAAAAUAUUGCGUUAACUGAAAAAAUUUUACAAAUCGAAAGAAAACAAAAGAAAUACAGCAUAUUUUUAUAUGGACUAAAGGAAGACGAAAAUAGAACUGAAGAAAACAUAAUAAAAAUUUUAAAAGAAGACCUAAAUAUAAAUUGUUCUGUCAAGGAUUUUAGAGAUAUAUACAGGGUAGGCAAAAAGACAAAUAAACCGAGACCCGUAUUUAUGGAGGUAGUUAACUAUCCUUUGAAAACAAACAUUUUCAAAAAAGCUGCUGCCAAUUCCGAAGCUUUAAAAAGAAGGCAAAUAUAUUUUACACCAGAUUACACAAGCGAAGAAUACUCCAAACGAAAAACACUUAAUAAGUACUUAAAGGAGGCAAAAGAAAAGGAAUUUAAAGCUAAAAUUGUUAAAAAUAAACUUAUUGUAAAUAAUAAAGACCUAUGUAAAAACAGUGAAAUAUUUAAUAAAGAAGAACAGGAGGAAUUAUUAAAUAACGCGGAAGAACACCUGGAAGAAGAAGAUAACUCUAAAUCUAAAGAACAAAAACAAAACAAAAGAAAAUUGGACAUAACACCUUCUAAACCAACAGGGACCGAACUCGAGCAGUUUUGCUGCGCCGUCUCUGGUUUUACUUUGGACGAAUACAAAGCCGUUGUCGCUAUCUCUUCGGUAACGGUAGCGGUCGCGGUCACAACGGAAGUCAUCCCACCAUCGACGAGAUUUGAUUCUUCUUCACCUCAUGUUCAUGGACAGCGAGAUGAACAACAAAACGCGACUACGUUUGAGCCGGGCAACGACGACGACGAAGUCGCAGAUGAUAUCAACGACGUUCCGGAUUUUUCUUCACCUCAUGGACAUGGACAACGAGAUGAACAACAAAACGCGACUACGUUUGAGCUGGAUAACGAGGACGACGACGGCGAUAGUUGUCUGGUUAAAAAUUUGAAUAUUUCAGACAACGUCAACGAAGACGACAAAGUCUCAGGUUAUAACAACGACGUCCCGUCGGAUGAUGGUAGUCCUCGAGAUAAUCUUUCAACAAAACGUAAAGCCACAGCCUCACGCGACGAUGAUCAUAGUUCUGAUGAGUCCUCCAAGAAAGCAUAG